UGGGGGAGGGGAGGGCUCGGGCUCGGCCGUUGGAAGUGGGCCGGCCGGGCGAACGGCGUCUGGCCGCGGGACGUCGGGAUGUCUGGGGUCUGGCUCGAGCCUCUCUUCCCCUCUUCUUAGGACGCUAGUGGGGCGGAAGUCACGAGCUGGGCCUGCCCGAGGGGCGGGGCAGAGGGUGCGGAGAGCUUUGGCAUUUCCCCCCACCCCGGGAGCGCGCGCUGCGGGCCUCGGGAGGCAGGUGGCCCCGGACAGUCAGUGCUCGCCGGCACCCAGCUGGCGCCUCCUUCUCUCUGAGAGCGGGCGCGGACGAGCCAGAGGUUUGACAGUGAUGGCACAAGAGCAAGAACCGUAUAGUGAAGAACCUGCAAAUAUUAAGAUCAUAAAAGAAGCAUAUAAGCGGGCCUUUGUAUUUGUAAAUAAAGGACUGAAUGCAGAUGAAUUGGGGCAAAAGGAAAAAGCAAGGAAUUACUACAGUAAAGGAAGAGAACAUCUACUCCAGGGAGUCAGGAUUUCAGCAUCUGGGCCUGAAUGCACAGGUUCUGGUUGGGAAUCUGCUAGACAGAUGCAGCAGAAGAUGCAAGAAACACUGAAAAAUGUCAAUACUAGGUUGGGAAUCCUGGAGCAAAAUCCUUCCUCUUUUGUUCCAAGUAAUCUUCAAGAAGGGUCCCAAUUGUCUCCUGUGUUGCCCCCUGAUGGAAAGCCAGAAAAGCCUCCUUUGCCUCCAUCUUUGAUUUCACCAUCUGUACAAACAGAAGUUAAUGGGAAUUAUCCCUCCACAAGCAUGGAGCAGCAUUCUGUGGUUAGUCCCGUAUCCUUGGAAGCACCACCUGCUUAUACACCCCAUGCUACAGAUGGGCACUAUACUCUGUCCUAUGGAACAGAAUCCGGGGAAGUUUCAUCUGUCAGUGAAGACUAUUAUGCGAUUUCUCCUCGCCCACCUCCUCUUGAGACUCUAGGAGUAGAUGUAGAAGAGUUAAUUUUAAUACCCAGUGGAGUACAGAUUUUCUUUGUAACUCCUGCAGGGGAAGUUAGUGCACCUUCAUAUCCUGGAUAUCUUCGAAUUGUGAAAUUCUUGGACACUACCAGUGAAGCGGCUCAAAAUUGGCCCCCUGGAUUUCUUCAGGUUUGUGGUUGGCUGUAUCCUCUGAUGCCUAAUCAGUCUCCUGUACUGAGCUGCAGUAGCGGAGUCUACAUGUUCCCAGACACAUUACAAAGGUCAGGAUCCUGUGUGGGUGUAGUCUUGUCUUCUGAACUACCCCAAGAAGACCGAGAGCUCUUUGAGGAUCUCUUGAAACAAAUGUCUGACCUUCGAGUCCAGGCUGUAGAUACUUCAAAUGAAGAAAUUAAUCUGAGUCAGGUUGUACCCUUUCAACCAGUUCCUGAAGAAAAUGUGAGCGUGUUACCUGAGUGGAGUGAGAAAGUAUCUCAGAAUAUUUUAUCAGGUGCAUCCUGGCUGAGUUGGGGUUUAGUUAAAGGAGCUGAACUUACUGGAAAGGCAAUCCAUAAAGGAGCCUCCAAACUUCGAGAACAUAUUGAGCCUGAAGAAAAGCCACUGGAAGUUAGUCCAGCUGUGUCCAAGGGACUUCAUAUAGCAAAGCAGGCCACAGGAGGAGCAGUGAAAGUCAGUCAAUUCCUGGUGGAAGGAGUAUGUUCCAUAGCGAACUGUGUUGGAAGAGAGUUAGCCCCACAUGUCAAGAAGCAUGGAAGCAAACUUGUUCCAGAAUCUCUUAAAAAAGACAAAGAUGGGAAAUCCACUUUGGACGGUGCCAUGGUUGUAGCAGCGAGUAGUGUUCAAGGGUUUGCAACUGUAUGGCAAGGAAUGGAAUGUGCAGCUAAAUGCAUAGUUAAAAAAGUUACUUCUGAAACUGUACAUACAGUUAAACACAAAUAUGGAGCUGAUGCUGGUCAUGCUACAGAUAAUGCAAUGAAUUCUGCCAUCAAUGUUGGUGUCACUGCAUUUAAUAUUGACAAUAUUGGUAUCAAAGCUGUGGUGACAAGAACAGCAAAGCAAACUGGAAAAGCCAUCUUGGAGGAAUAUAAAGUAGUUGACAAGUCAGAGAAGAAAGAUGAAAAAGAAACUAAUAUUAAGACAGUCAAGCAGAAAGACAAAUUGGGGAAGAAAGGUAAAUAAUAUGAAUAAUAUGGGUUAACUCCACCAAAGCCUUACUGAAUGGAUAUAACAUAAGUAUUUAAGCAAAAAUAGAAUACUUCUCUCCUACAGAUUAACCUAUAUUAUAAAAAUCUAAUUAUUUCUAAAAGUAUUUUUUAUAAAAUUUAAGGUAUGUAUAGUCUUCUUAUGACAAAAGGAAUAACAUUUUUCUUUCUCACCUAUAGAAAAAUUGUCAAAAAGCUUGGAUAAACUUGUUUUGUUUUAUGUACUUACAUUUUUUCAAUUGUAAAGCUGAGAUUUUUGAAAACUACCUUCAAUCUAAUGUUAAAUUUUGUAACUGAUCUAUUUUAGAAAACAAAGUAGUAAAUUAGAUGUCUAUAUAUGGUUUGGAGUAUAGUAAACUAAGUCAAUUUGUAAUCAGAAGGAUUAAACAAGUCAGUUGCCUCUUGAAUAUUUUGCACUAUUUAUUUGUAAAUUUCUCCUCUAUCCUAAAUCUCUUCCAAAUUUUCAGUGGCUAAGCUAAAAUCUGAAGCACUUUAAUAGAAUUAGUACUAAAAAAUCAAAUUGUCAAGUAGCAUUUUCUAAGACUUUUUGUUCUGACAAAGGAAAUAACUGAUUAUUGAAAGAACCAAGGUUCCAUGAAACUAGUUGUCAGGCUACAAGCUAUAUCUUUUAUAGAAACUGGCAUUGUCUCAAUGGUUGAAAAUGGUUAUAAAAAUGUAUUUAUUUUUAAAUCACCUUGUGUUUUGAAAACUGGUAGCUGAUCAGGAGCUCAAGAAAAUUAUUGACAAUUUGAAAUGUUUGCUUAUUUAAUGAAACUUAUUUUAUGUUCAUUUAAUUAUUAACCACUUGCACUUGUAUAGCUCCAUUUUAACCUUUCCUUUUGUUUUCUGGAAAUUUAAUUGUACAGCAGCAGUAGAAUUGGGUAAAACACUGGUUUUUAGGCAUUGUUACUACCGAAAUUUAAAUCUCUUGAAUGUCUAAUUCAUUAUUUAGAAUACUUGUUGUUAGAGAUUGUCAUCCUCAUGCUAAAAAUAGUGGAAUUUUAAAGCAUAAAUAAUUUAGUUUCCAUUAUGUCAGAUUGUAAUUAAUAGUAUUGAGUUUAAGUAUCCAUUACCUUUAAAGAUCUCUAGGUUAUAAAAUACAUAUUUAUAGAGUAUUUGAUAAUUAGCUACUAAUUUUCAAAGGUUGUCACUGGUUUUCACAAUUGCAUUCCUUUAGAAUCUUGACAUAACCUGUGAUACAAGUAAAAUGACUUGAAACUACUGUGAUUAUUAAGCUUCACUUGAAACUAUCUAAAGAUUAUACUUUAUGAAUGAGUAAUAUUCUCUGAUUGUAGAUAAAUGAAACACAUAUCUUGUCCUCGAACACAUUAACAAUGCUGUUUGUGUUUAGAGUCUGAGAAUGUGUCUGUGAUGUGCUGGUUUUAUAAAAGGCCUAUCACUACUAUAAUAAAUGGUAUGAUAGAUAGCAGGUUGUUAAUACAGAAAUUAAACUCAGCUGGCAUUUUUGUGUAUCAUUGAAAUGUAAUUAAUUUGAAAAUAAAAUUAAAGUGACUUUUG